AUGAAGUUCGAUGACCUCAUCGGCCUCCUGGGCCCUGCCGCUCCCACCCAGGAGAUUGCCCUCACCCCGGAGCUACUCACCGAAAUCAUCAACAUCUACCGCGAGGUCUACGCUGUCGGCCUGCAGGCUUUCUUCGAGUCCAACUGGUUCCAGAAGCAGGAUGUCCAGGGCAAGUUCUUCCUCGAACAUAGCCAGCCUCUCCUCAGCCAAUUCGCCUCUUUUCUCAAGGUUGUCCAGUCUGUGCCGGCCAACGACCACACGCAGAUGGCCCACUCUGGGGUUCUCGAGACGCGCUUGAUCUGGGCCCUGGCGACACUGCCUUGCAACAGCGCUCCUCCGUCGACGAACGCUGAGGCCAAGGUUCUGCCGCCCCCCGAGGACCUGACGGAAGCUGCCAACCGAGUCAAGGUGCUCGAGGCUCUUCUCUGCGGCGACUUCCUGCCCUCGAAUCUCCUCGCUCCUCCGGUCCCCGAUGCGAAUCCUCAUCGCCAGCAGGAGUUUGAGUUCUGGCACAACCUCGCUCAGUACCUUUGCCACCACGAUGCCGCCAAGCGCGACGAAAUCCUUGGCCGGCUGAGACUCCAGCUGGGGGGCAGGGAAAACCGAGAUCUCAUCUACUCCAUUGCUAUCUCGCGCGAGCUCUCCCCCCGUGUCGAACCCGGGUUCGAGAGGAACAUCCCCAAGCACCUCGAUGAGUCCGACCCCAAGAACCGACUCUGGGUUGCCAACAAGUUCAUUCAGGAUGAGGCACAGGUCACUGGCGGAACCACCAACAUUGUCCGACGUUUCAGCGAGAUUGCCAUCCGAGCCUACAUAAGUCCCGGUGUCAACAUUGCGGCGCACUCUAGCUCGGCUGUUCCAGCACAGCCUUGA